CCUCGUCGCUUCCCCCCAUCCAUGUCCCGUUCAUAUUGCGAUCCUCAAGGUCUGUGUCGUCGGGGCGAGUCGUGGUGGAGUGUCGACAGCGUCAUUCGCCGCCCUGCACCUCUCUGCUCAUCUCGCUCGCCUGUACCCUCGUGUUGCUCUGAUCGGUCCACUGCACUCUGAUUGCUUGCACCCUGCGCCUGCACUGGCAAUUGAUGCACCUUCUUGGCACGGCGACAACACAAUGAACUAAGCGGCCGAGCAACUCCCCCGACGCCAUCCCCUUGGCUUGGCCAGUCCUUUGUUCUCCUCUUUCAUCUGCAACCGCAACCAUGGCGGCCGUCGCUGCACGCCCUCCGCAUGCCGGAAGCCACUACGGCGGCAUCCCCAUGAGCAGCAACAUGAACGGCGUCUUCACCUCCCCCACCGAGUCCGAAUUCUCCGAGCCCUACGGCAAAGACCCCCGACACUCCGUGCUGGAAUGGGACGAGGCGCAGGUGGCCGAGUGGCUGCGCAGCAUCAACUGCGCCCAAUACAUCGACCUCUUCCGCCGCAACAACAUCAACGGCGAGAACCUGAUCGACAUGGAUCAGGCUAUGCUGAAAGAGAUGGGCGUCAAGAAGAUUGGAGACCGCGUGCGAAUUGGUGCGCAGGCCAAGGUCUUUCGCAAUAGCGUGUGCAAGAGGACGAGCAAGAGGAACAUGAACCGGCUGUCCUUGGCCACACUUGACAACCACUCCGCCUAUACUCCUCCCUCUUCCGGCUCCCCACGCGCCCUACAUGCCCCCAAGAGUUCCCGUGCGGAGAAGCGAAUGUCGCGCCAGCUGAAUAUCGGCGAUCUCAAGGGCCUCUCACCUUUCGCCAUCAAAACUUCUUCCCGUCCCAACUCCCCCAUCACCGACCAGGAAAGCCGUUCUGCAGCUUUCCGCCGGGGUGAACCCAGCCCCAUGAUCGCCACACGUAACAAGGACGGUUACUUCAGUCAGCCGCCAAGCGCAGGUGCGCGAUACACCGGCAGCCAACGCACUACUCCGUUGGAAGCUCCGCAGUCCGCACGUUGGGGUCAUCUGAAAGCUUCUCCUUCGGUAGACGCUACCAGCUCCUCCAACAUCGUUGGUGCUCUUCCGGUGGACAAGCCUCUGAUUCGUGUAAUCUUCGAGAAUGGCCGUUGCUCCGUGGUCAACAUUGAAGGCUGCCGGACCGCCGAAGACAUCAUACGCACAACACUGCGCAAGGGCUCACUGAACGAAAACCAUUUUCGGUCCUACUGCUUCUGGGUCAUGGACGGCACAGAUCCCGAUCCAGCCUUUUGUCGACGGCUGGGCGAGGCGGAGUUCAUCAAGCUUUGUAACGAUGGUGUCCGCAGCGAACGUGGUCGGCUAAUUUUGCGAAAGAUCCACGCAGGCGAGCCCGCGGGAGAGCAAUUGAAGUCCGCCGCUCGUAUCGCCGAACAGCAGUCUCCAGAGCCACCGGCCAUCGAGGUUCAAUCAACAAACAAGACACGAAGUCAAAUGAAGAUCGAGAAGCUGAUCGGCGAGCCGCUUGCCGCUGUCAGCUACCCCAUGUCUCCCGACAGCCAGCAGCAACGGAAUGACUACUUCGACUCUCAAUCGUUUCUCUCGAGAAAUGCCAGCCAAACGUCCACAGCAUCUGCCCGAGCACGCAAGCUGAAGGACUUCUACGGCGCCCGUCCGCCCACGGAGCUGAUUACCCAAGACUUACAAUCCUACUUCCCCGAAGUGGCCAAAGAAGAGAUGGAUCGCACAGUGCGGAUGUCCAUUCGAAGAAGUCGGCGAUUGAGCAGGGCUGUCAGCAGGUUGAGCACCGUCAGCAGCAUUAGCGUUUCGAGCAGCUUGAGGGACGCGCCGCCUCUUCCGUCAAUUGCAGAUCAAUGGCUCCGAGAAUCUGGUGGACAAGCUCGAAUCCCUGGCCUGCGGCCUCUGAGUGUGGUGCGCCUGGGCCGACCGGAUUCAUACCGAGAGUCCGUGACCGGCAGUAUGCUGGAGCCGUUGGACGAAGAAUCCCCACUCGAGCACGACCGGAAGAGCUUUGCCUCAUUUGGACCGGAGAGCGGAGGAUCAGAGUCUGGACUCAACCGCAACCUGUCGGUCACCGAUCCGGAAGGCAACACGGUCAUGCAGUCGUAUUUCGACGAGGGCGCUAGUAGUCCUGGCGGCACCGACGUCGAUACCAGCAGUCUCAACCAGCGACUAUCUCAAUUCAUCGCGGAGGAUGGGGAGGAGCCGGAUGAAGAAUUGAUGGAACAUCUGGAAAAAGACAGCUGGGAUGACCUCAAAUACAUGAAAGGCGCCAUGAUUGGCCAGGGCUCAUUUGGAACCGUCUUUCUGGCCCUUCACGCCGUUACUGCCGAGCUCAUGGCAGUGAAGCAAGUCGAAAUGCCGUCAAACAGUGGCACUGCAAUGGAUGCGAAGAAGAACAACAUGAUUGAGGCUCUCCAGCGGGAGAUUAGUCUCUUGCGCGACCUCAAACAUCCCAACAUCGUGCAAUACCUGGGCUCGAACAGCGAUGAGUGCCAUCUCAACAUUUUCCUUGAAUACGUCGCGGGCGGCUCGGUGGCAACGAUGCUGGUCAACUAUGGCACGCUGGGGGAGACGCUGAUUGCCAACUUUGUCCGGCAGAUCCUGCAAGGCUUGAACUAUCUGCACUCCAAAGACAUCAUCCACCGCGACAUCAAAGGCGCCAACAUUCUCGUGGAUAACAAAGGCACUGUCAAGAUCUCCGAUUUUGGCAUCAGCAAGCGCGUCGAAGCAUCUUCCCUUCUCCAUCCCCAGCCGCCUUUCAAGCGCGGCGGCCCCCGAGUGUCUCUGCAAGGCUCGGUGUUUUGGAUGGCGCCGGAAGUGGUCCGCCAAACCGCCUACACCAAGAAAGCCGACAUUUGGUCAUUGGGCUGCUUGAUUGUGGAGAUGUUCACUGGCUCCCAUCCUCAUCCUAAUUGUACCCAACUGCAAGCCAUCUUCAAGAUUGGAGGCAGUGGUGGGGCGGCGAGCGAGAAUGCCCGUCCUGACCUGCCCGAGCAGGCGAGCGAGGAUGCCAAGGAGUUCUUGCGCAAGACGUUUGAGAUUGAGCACGAAAAGCGGCCGACUGCGGAGGAGUUGAUGGGCUAUGCAUUUUGCGCUCCCGGCAAGGCCUGAUGACUGGUCUGUGUAGGAUAUCGGCGUGUUGUUGCCUAGCACAUAUUGUAUAACAUAUUGUAUUUCUACCCGAACUCUAUC